AUGGCCAACAAUCCGGACAAUCCGCCAAAUCAGGAGAAUAAUGAUGCAGCCACCGAAACAACCCCGUUACUCUCCCCAAAGCCUGCUCAAGAGAGGUAUUCAGUGUUUACAACCAGUCAGAAGCGCUUGAUAAUUCUCACUGCUGCUCUGGCAUCGAGUUUCUCCCCCUUCUCUGCCAACAUAUACUACCCAUCUCUCAACUCCAUUGCAAAGGACCUCCAUGUUAGCAGCUCGCAGAUCAACCUAACAAUAACCACAUACAUGAUCUGCCAAGGUCUUGCCCCCGCAUUCAUGGGUUCACUGGCAGAUCAAGCCGGGAGACGACCAGCCUACAUCAUCUGCUUCGUGAUUUACAUUUGCGGUAAUAUCGCUUUAGCGCUUCAACACAGCUAUCCAGCUCUUCUCGUUCUCCGUGCUGUCCAAAGCUGCGGUAGUAGUGGGACUGUAGCCCUUGCUUCUGCGGUCGCUGCAGACGUUAUCACCUCCGCUGAAAGAGGAACGUAUAUGGGCAUUGCAUCGUUGGGGAAUAUCCUGGCACCAUCGCUCGGACCGAUCCUAGGCGGAGUCCUCAGUCAGUAUCUCGGAUGGCAAGCCGUAUUUUGGUUUUUAGCCAUUGCUGCCGUGGCCUUCUUCGUGCCGUUGUUACUUUUCUUCCCUGAGACCUGCCGGGCCAUUGUUGGUGAUGGGUCGAUUCCGUCUCGUGGGUGGAACCAGUCCGUCUUGAAUUGCUGGCAGGGAAGGAAAAGGAAACACAUAUGCGACAGAAAUUAUGCCAACAGUCAUAUAACACAGGAUGAGACUCCAAGGACCAAAAUUCAAUUCCCCAACCCCCAUGCUACACUGCGUCUUCUCUUCCGACUUCCCACGGGGCUGGUGUUGCUAGCCAACGGCAUCGUUUUCGCCAGUUACUACUCCGUCACGGCUGGAAUACCUUCACAGUUCAAGGAAAUCUACCAACUCGGGGAUUUAGGACUGGGCCUGAGUUUUAUUCCCGCGGGGAUGGGAUCAUUGGUCAGUGCGACUUUUAACGGGAUACUGGUCGAUUGGAACUAUCAACGGAUGAGCAAGAAGGUGAGAGGAGAGGUAUCGCCGAAUCAGAAGCACGAUCAUCAUGAUUUCCCAAUCGAACGCACUCGAUUGCAGAUUGGAUUGCCAAUGAUGAUGACUGCUGCAAUAUCAGUGGGAGUAUACGGCAUACUUAUGGCGCUGAAGCCACCCUUGCCAGUUGCCCUUGGGUUCGUGUUUGUCAUUUCCUUCUGCAUCACAGCGGCAUAUAAUGUGAUGAGCGUCUUGAUUGUCGAUCUGUACUAUUCCACCCCUGCCACGGCGAUGGCGGCGAAUAACCUCGUGCGAUGUUUCCUAGGAGCUGGAGCAACGGCAAUUGUGCAUCCCAUGAUUCAAAAAUGGGGCGUCACGGUAACCUAUCUUAUAGUCGCGGGAGUCAUGAUGGGUGUGAGUCCGUUGUUGGUGCUGGUUUACUGGCGAGGAAUGCAAUGGCGUAUUCGAUAGAUGGUCAUAUCCGGAUAGAUCUGGUAUUCGAG